UCAUGUAUAUAGAACUAUAUCAAUACAUCACUUACUGACUUAGUUCAUUCGCGCUUUCAGCCGUUUGCUGGAACCAGUCUGCAGUUUUACUGGAGUCUGAUGGUGUCUGUGUAGAAGAUGGCGCCGUCGGGCUCGGGCAGCGUUAAAAGGAGCUGUCAGAGAGUUUUAUACUGGAUUCCAGUUCUGUUUAUCAGCAUCAUAGUAUGCUGGUCCUAUUACGCCUAUGUCAUCCAGCUCUGCAUAGAAUCCAUGGGGAAUAUUGGAGAAAAAGUUGUUUGCCUGCUAGCUUAUCAUGUUUUCUUCAUCAUGUUUGCCUGGGCAUACUGGAAAACAAUUUUCACAAAGCCGAUGAAUCCAUCUAAAGAGUUUCAUCUCUCCUAUGCUGACAAAGAACUCAUGGAGCGUGUGGAUCGAGGAGAGUCACAACAAGAACUCCUUAGAAGGAUUGCCAAGGAUUUGCCUGUUUAUACAAGGACAAUGUCUGGAGCAAUAAGAUACUGUGAUCGAUGUCAGCUUGUGAAGCCAGAUCGGUGUCACCACUGCUCAGUGUGUGAUAAAUGCAUAUUAAAAAUGGAUCACCACUGCCCCUGGGUUAACAAUUGUGUGGGAUUCUCCAACUACAAGUUUUUCCUCCUUUUCUUAGCAUAUUCUUUGCUUUACUGCCUAUUCAUCGCAGCAACAGAUUUACAGUACUUCAUCAAAUUCUGGACUAAUGGCCUUCCUGAUACCCAAGCCAAAUUCCACAUCAUGUUUCUCUUUUUUGCUGCUGCCAUGUUUUCUGUUAGCCUUUCUUCAUUGUUUGGAUAUCACUGUUGGCUGGUUAGUAAGAACAGAUCCACUCUAGAGGCCUUCCGAGCACCUGCUUUUCGACAUGGAGCUGAUAAAAAUGGAUUCAGCCUGGGUUUCAGCAAAAAUCUUCGUCAGGUGUUUGGCGAUGAAAAGAAGUAUUGGUUUUUGCCAGUUUUUACAAGCUUAGGAGAUGGCUGCUCUUUCCCAACAUGUCUCGUGAACCAGGAUCCUGAACAGCCCCCAACUCCUGCUGGGAACAAUGCAGCCGUCAAAAAUGGAGACAAUCACCCAUUUCCUGCCAAGCCUUUACGAGAAAGUCAAAGUCACCUGCUGAAUAGUGAGAAGUCCUGGCCUGAGCAUGACGUAGAAGACAAAGAAAAGCAUGGUACAAGCAAUCCAGCAAUGACAAUUGAAAAUGAAACCUAGAAACAGAUGGCAAUAUAUCUGAAUUGGUAUACGCUGCUUACAGAAGAGAUUACACAAAGGCUCAUUGCACCGGGAACGGCUGGUCCCCUGGCCACCCUCAUCUCUGUGCCUGUGUGGGUGUUUGACACAGCCAGCAUUCCAGCAUCUGAUUGGCUCUUUUCAUAUCACUGCUCAAUACACAGAACAUUUGUAUCUUAAUAUCAGUAAAGUGCAGUGGGUUUUCUACUCAAAGAAUAUUGGUAAUUGCUAAUUCACUUGACCAGUUUUAGAUUGCAAAAUGCCGUUUGUUAAAGAGUCAUUUAGAAGAGGACAUUUGUGGAGUGUACAUACAAUGUCCCAUCAUCCUAAAUUAAUUGUAAUGGUGAUGAACAGAAUUACAGUUGUUGAACGAAUUAAGAGAAAAGUUACACUCAGGCAGUUUUUAAGGAAAGACAGAAAUAAAAUUUGUGCACUUUUUGUACUAUGUGGAUAUUAAGGCAAUUAUUGUUCAGUCGUCUGCCUGAUUGUAAAAUUAACAUCUGCUUUGCCAAGCAGAUUAAUAUGGGUGCCUUUGUUACAGUGAAAUGUGUUUAACAAUGGGGUUUAGGAGUCCAGUUCCAAAAAAACAUGAUUUAAUGUGUUCUUCUUUAUUAGAGAAACAUUAAUAUACGCUUACAAAGUAACUGUAGUGCUGCAUUGCUUCACAGUACAAUAUGAGUGUGUGACAGUUUUAAUUCGGGUUCUGUAUGUAAAAGAAUAUACUUAGUUGGGCAUCAAAGUAUUGAUCAACUCUUCAAAGGGAUGCUUUUUUUUGUUUUGGUAUUAUGAUGUAAAAAUGAUGUGCCAAAAUUGGCUCUCUCCGAAAGAAAUGGUACUGAACAUCUCUGAAGAAUAUAGUGAAAAAAAUAAUAAUUAUUCUUUGUUCUUCGUGAAUUUACUAUUUGCUAUAUGCUUAAUCCUCCUUUAUAAUUAAAAACCUUUAACUAUUUCCACUUUUAAUAAAAAAAAAAAACUGUAUUUAACAUUUUAAACAAAUAGAGUGGCAAAGUGGUCAAGCACCAGAGGCAUGGAUUGAAAGCCACUUUCUGAAUGGAAUCAGUGGAUUCUCUCUAGGUUCUCUGUUUUUUCUGCACAUCCCAAAAACAAACAUGGUUAGUUGAUGGCUGGCUGUUAACCUGCAUAAGUGUGAGUACAUGGGCGUGCCCUGUUUGAGACUGGUAUCCCAGUCUCAGUUGUAUCCAGUGCUGGCUCUUUGUACUCUAAUGAUUGGUAAAUAUUAGGUUGGUAAACCAGUGGAUAAACAGAUGAUCUACUCUAUUAAGAUAUACUGUAUAAUACAGAAAAACACCAAAAGAAACCUAAAAAGUUGAAAACACCUUAUUAAUAAAUAGUAAAAAAUACUUUUUUUUUUGGUUGGUAACCAAAAUAAUGUUUCAAUAAAUUUAAUCUUUCCUAAUUCAGAAUGCAAAAAGGAAACAGCUUGUGUUUCAUGCCGACUUAUUCAAGUUACUGUGCCUAUUCUUGACUAUUUAGAUAAAGAUGUUGGCCACCCUACAUAGAGAUACUUCAUUUUCAUCAGAUAAUAAUGUUCUAUUUCUGCCAAUAGAUGGUCAUUUAUCUCUGAAAAACAUUGUGAUGGAAGUUGCCCCAGUGCUAAAGAAAGUCCUAAACUUAAACCUGGACCGAUGUUUCAACUUUGCCAUGAAGAACCAGAGCUUGACCGAUGAGUAAGUGGUAGAGCAGCAGCUUAUGCACAAUAAUAAAUGCACAAUACUGUUUUUAUUAGCACAAUCAGCUAAUUCUGCUAAAUAGUAACAUUAUGUUCAACCUUUUUUGUGCAACUAAAAAUCUUUCAGUUGUACCCCUUUGUACAACAGAAUAGGAAUUAUGUAAUAUAAUCCAUGGUGUACAGCAGCUGGCCACCUCAGAGUUUUGCAUGUACUCUGGGAAAUAUCCAGAUACCUUACAUUUGCCAGGUUUUCUCACUGUAAACAUGGCUUCAGAUGCCCUGUACCCUUCACCUCCUCUGAUCCCCUGGUCCUGACCCAAAGAUUCAGAGAUUGCUUCUUACCUUGUGCCUAGUGCUGGAUGGAUAAGCUGUGGUCCCUCCAGCCCCUUAACUGGAUUAAGUGGAUUUGAUAAAGGAUAUGAUGAUGAAUGACUGAAUCAGAAGGGGCUGAACUUGGGUACCCUUUAGCAUUCGAGGGCUGUUUUAUUAUAGUGUAAGGAUGCCAAGAAAAGGCUUGCAUUGUGGGUUCUCCUAUUUUAAAUAAUCAAUGUUUAAUGGAGUAGUGUUUUAUUCUUACUUUUACAAGGAUACAUAUUUAUGUCCUGCUCUUCAUGUUAAGCCUUCAUGACAAAUAUAUAUUACUCUAAUUAAAACCUUGUAAUAUUUAUCAACAUUUUUUAAUUUCAUAGCAAAGUGUUUCAGUUUUUUGACAAAUUGCACAUAAAUCAUUAAUAAUGUGAUGUUGGAUUUGUUACUAUUGAUUGAACAAAGGUCAAAUCCACUCAUUCUGAAUUUUAGUAUCAACAUGCCAGAGAUGAACUAAAGUUUAUUUUUUUUAAAGAACGUGCAAAAUAACAGUCAAGCAUUGUUUAGGGUUGGAUCAUGGAGCAUUAAAUGCUAAAUCUAAAACAAAACAACAAGUCAUGUAAGAGUUUCCUAAUUUUUUUAGUUAUGCCCUUCAAUAGACAUCAUCUUGAAGGUGUCAUCAUCUUUAUAACUGUUGAGUGAUGUCAUCAAAUGCCACCCUGCAUCUGUGCCAUGUAACUAACAGCAGGUCCCAUUGAUUUAACCAAUAUGGUGUUUAAAAAGACAGCAGACAGGAUGCCUGGGAGGGAGUUGGGGUCCCAAGAUUGAUAACCCCAUUUAGUAGGAUUUAUUUCUUUACCUGGUCAGGGAAAUUGUGACUUUUUAAGAUGAAGUGUCCAAAAGGUGCCAAGUUAAGGGUUCUCUUCGACAAGCUGCCUUAUUCUAGGAGUGUGAAAAAUGGAAACAGGUUAAUGACUGUACACUCAUGAAAUUCUUCCAUGUUGUACCCAGUAAAUCAUUCUUUGGAAAAGACAAAGCAACAAACACAUGACACUUGGCACUCAUGAAAGUCAGUCCACUAUUGACAGCAUCCAUUAAGAAAAUAUUAAUACAAAACAGCAAUGAAAAGAUAUCACCAAAAUACUGUGAAAUUAAACAGAUUAAACAAAAUGAUGGUCAUUUUACAUAAAACAAUUCUGUAAGUGUCAAAAUGUCUCCUAACAACUUCCUAUCAGUGUUAUUCCUUAACAACAAAUGCAUUCUGUGAUAAAAAGGUGACAUGGUGUCCUUUUACAAACCAGUUAAACUUUGUGCAGCUGCACUUCCCAUGAGCCAGGAGUGGGACGGCGGCAGUUGGUUUCCUAGAUUGUGCCACACAUUCACGGGGUGGCAGCCACCUACUAAGGCAGAGCGGUGGCUCUGAGGCUAGGGAUCUGCACUGGCAAUUGGAAGGUUGCCGGUUCAAAUCCUGUAAAUACCAA